AUGGCCACCGCACCUUCCCAGAACUACGACUAUCUCCGGCGCAAGCAGAGCACAAAGGCGGCCGUUUCAUCAAUCACACCAGUCCGCAGCCACGCCCGCACACCGAGCGAGCGCAACAGCAAUGGCACCGUUAGCUCAUAUGGAACCACCAACACGCGCGACACAGCCAUCACCGAACCUCCAGCCUACUCCAAGAAGCUCGUUGUUGUCGGUGACGGUGGAUGCGGAAAGACAUGUUUGUUGAUCAGCUACAGCUCCGGCAACUUCCCAGAGAAAUAUGUACCAACAGUCUUUGAGAACUACAUCACUCACACUCCUCAUCCUCCCACAGGCAAGAUGGUCGAACUUGCGCUGUGGGAUACCGCUGGACAGGAGGAGUACGACAGGUUGCGACCGCUCUCCUACCCAGAGACAGAUGUCAUUUUCGUUUGCUUCGCAAUUGACUGCCCCAACUCACUAGAAAACGUCAUGGACAAGUGGUACCCUGAAGUUCUCCACUUCUGCCCAACAACGCCCCUCAUGCUGUUGGGCCUCAAGUCCGACUUGCGCAACAAGAAGAACUGCAUCGAGCUACUCAAGACACAAGGCCUGACGCCCGUCACAUCGGAGCAAGGUCGUGCGGUCGCAAAGAAAAUGGGCGCUGCCUACAUGGAGUGCAGUAGUAAAGAGCAAGACGGUGUAGAGGAGAUCUUCGACAUGGCCGUCACAAUGGCCGUCGGCGAGGAGCACAAGGAGCAAGAAGAGCGCCGUGUCGGCACAGCGACCUCGUCAAGAGGGAACACGUCGUCGUUCCCAGCUGGGGGCGGUAAGAAGAAGAAGCGCAGCGGCUGCAAGGUCCUAUAG